CAGUGAAUACGCUGUUGCCAACAUACAAGCAAAAAAGAAACAGUCAACAGUCUCACAUAUGUCAGUUGGUGACAGUGAAUAUGCUGUAUCGAGCAAGCUACCAUCGGUAAGUCCAAAAUCAAACCGAAAACCUGCAGUCGCAUCCAAACCAAAGCAUUACCAGACCGAAGUGACCGAAUAUGCUGUAUCCGCAAAGUCUCGAUCUUUGCCUCGCAAUGCAAUGAAUGCAGCUGCUUCAUCUUCAUUGGUUCAAAAGAAAGGAAAGGCUGACGUGAAGUAUACAGACGUGGAGACUAAACCAUCGGAAACGAAGCGACACGUGACGUCUGAAGGAAACGUGGAGUACGCCACAAUUGACCAUACUAAGCAUUGAAACAUUUAUAGUUAAUACAUUGACAUAAAUGCAGCUCUACUUGCAGUCUAGUGCAAUAACUUCUCUAAAUUUUCGCUUUUUGUAUCGUAUAUAUUUCUCUGUUUGUCGUAUAUAUGUUGCUGUUGUCUGUUUAUAUACAAUCGUUACUAAUCGUUGUAUUGCAAUCAUUUAAUAAAUUCAUAUUGUAGCUGUUGUA